GCAGAUUAUAAUCUUCUGGAAUUUUUGACUAAUUUCCCUCCAGAGUUUCAUUUUUUUUAACCUCACAGAUCCAGUUUCUAUUAAAACAAACCCUGAAUGUUUGGAUCUGUCUCAUCUGCUUCAUCCCAGAGAGCUCUGUACUCCCAGCUUCCCUCCACCUGCUUCGAAUGAAAGAUGACACCUUUGCGUGGGGUGCAUUGUGGGUAAUGUAGGCCCCGUCAUUAGAAGUGGGCUGCGGGGGGGUUGCUGGUCUGCAGCUCUGGAGCUGGUGGUUUCCAGCGCGCAGGCAGGAUGAUGUCAGACAGCGGCUGGGUCAUGUGAAGGGCAGCGGCGGAGGAGGUUCACGGAGAGUUCAGCCGCAUACAUUAGGUAACACCAUCGCUCGCGCUGACAUAACUAGUAUGAAGCAGGUUAAGUUGAGACAUUUGUCAAUAAAGAGCAGAUAAGAUUAAGAAGUCCCGCUGCAGACUUUGUUAUGCAAAACAAGCCGCAGACCUGGAUGCGCUGAGCUGCGGGAUUACGCGCACACGCCCCUCGGAGAGCAGCACGGCGCGGUAAACAUCCCAGCCUCCAAACUUGUGCGAGCACGCGCCGGGAGGGAAGGUGGCCUUUCAUCCUGGAGGAUUUUCCCGCGGAUCAUGUUUGACUUCAUGGACUUUCCCGUCUUCGGCCCCGGAGAGAUCAUAGACUUCUACUCCGCGUCCAGCCCCGCGUGCACGCUGCAGGAGCAGGACCGGGACCGGGACCAGGAGCUGGCGGCGUUCUUCCCGGAGCUCAUCGAUUCGGACUGGCCGGAGCACCGCUGCUCUCAGUCGGUGGAGAGCCACAGCUCCAACUGCAGCUCCGACGACCUGUUCGCCAGUCCCGCCUCCCCGCCUCCUCCUCCACGCACUUACAAGCCCUGCUUCGUGUGCCAGGACAAGUCCUCCGGCUACCACUAUGGCGUCAGUGCCUGCGAAGGCUGCAAGGGCUUCUUCCGCCGCAGUGUGCAGAAGAACAUGGUGUACACGUGUCACCGCGACAGAAACUGCAUCAUCAAUAAGAUCACUAGGAACCGCUGUCAGUACUGCCGCCUGCAGAGGUGCUUCGCUGUGGGGAUGUCCAAAGAGUCGGUGAGAAAUGACAGAAACAAGAGGAAGGCCAAGAAGGAGGCGGUCAAGAUGACCAUCAUGGAGACGUACGAGUUGACGGCAGAGCUCGGCCUCAUCGUGGAGAAGAUCUGCAGAGCUCACAGGGAGACGUUCCCCUCCCUUUGCCAGCUGGGAAAGUACACAACAAACUCCAGUUCAGACCACCGGAUCCAGCUGGACCUCGGCCUGUGGGACAAAUUCAGUGAGCUUGCGACUAAGUGCAUUGUGAAGGUGGUGGAGUUUGCCAAGCGAGUGCCGGGCUUCACCGGCCUGACCAUCGCCGAUCAGAUCACUCUGCUCAAAGCUGCCUGCCUCGACAUCCUGAUUCUAAGGAUUUGCACUCGCUACACUCCAGACCAGGACACCAUGACCUUCUCCGAUGGGCUGACUCUGACCCGCACUCAGAUCCACAACGCGGGAUUUGGGCCUCUGACCGAUCAGGUCUUCACGUUUGCGGGACAGCUGCUGCCGCUGGACAUGGAUGAGACGGAAAGCGGGCUUCUCAGUGCCAUCUGUCUGGUUUCUGGAGACCGCCAGGACUUGAAGGAGCCGUCUAAGGUGGAUGUCCUGCAGGAGCCCCUGCUGGAGGCUCUGAAGAUCUACUCUCGUAAGCGGCGUCCCAGCAUGCCCCUGAUGUUCCCCAAGGCGCUCAUGAAGAUCACUGACCUGCGCAGCAUCAGCGCUAAAGGAGCUGAAAGAGCGGUGUCGCUAAAGAUGGAGAUCCCGGGCUCCAUGCCGCCGCUGAUCGAGGAGAUGAUGGAGGACCUGCAGGACCUGGAGAGCUGCCAACAAGAACACACAAACUCCUCAAGUUUCUCCCUCUGAAGCUGCACACAAACUUUUCUUUCUUCCCAGAGAGAUCACUAACACGAUCAAAAGAGUCAUUCAGAGGUUCACUAGUGUCUUACCUCAGUUACAGUCCACAGAUCGGCGAUACUGCGAUCUGCUGCGAAGGCGGUGCAGCUGUUGCAUUAAAAGUUCUUGAGUUGCAGAAAAGCUAGCUUCCUCUGAGCUCAGUGGAGGAAACAUAGAAUGAUGCAGUAAUAUUUUAACCUCUUUUUACGUUUUCCUUCGGAAGUGUUGCAGGCGCAUCGUGAUAACUGAGACGGUCUCCGCCUGUCUUUGUCUGAUUUUAACUUUAUUUAUAUUUGCAUGAGUUACCACUUGGAUUAAUUUUACCUCAUUGCCUGUAGCGUUAGUUCUAGGAAGUGAUAUGAAAAGGGCAAUAUGUUUGUUUUUAAAUGUUAUUUUGAAUAUUCGGUCAGAGUCGAACUGUGUCAGAGGAAAAGGGAAACGUAAGGACAAACGUUUAUGAUAAUUCUCGCUUUAACAAGACUCCCAAACUGGCUGAGCUGUUAGAGAAACUGGAAGAGACAAAAAGAUACGUUUGCUCUCAGAAGUUACAGUUUCUAGAUGUAUGUGGAGCAUCUUAAAAUGGAAUUUAGAGACAAAAAAUGUCUAAAAGCAAGAAAUCAAAAUCUUUGCAUCAAUUGGAAUGACGUACGCUCAAAAUUUGACAUUUUACUGUUCUUAAUUCACAUCAAAA